CAAAGGAGACUUGAGUAAUUAGAAAGUGGAUGCCCCAGGCUCUGUCACAAACACCUGGAUUCCAGCUGGAACCUGGAUUUGCUGGGGACACCAGCCAGAGAGACAGGACCAUGUGGCUGUCCCUAGUUCUGCUCCUUCUCUACCUCUCAGGCUCUUUGUCCUUGACGGGCCCCGACUCUGUGAUGGGCACCUUGGGUGGCUCUCUGAGUGUGCACUGUCAGUACGAAAAGAAAUACCAGGAGUAUAACAAAUACUGGUGCCGAGGAAACUAUGACAUAACAUGUGAGAAUAUUGUGGAGACCAAGGGAAAAGAGAAAGAAGAGAGGAGUGGGCGCGUGACCAUCAGAGACCAUGCAGAUAACCUCACCUUUAUAGUGACCAUGGAGAACCUCACUGCAGAUGAUGCUGGAUCCUACUGGUGUAAAAUUCAGAAAAUAUGGUUCCUGGACAUGUGGUCAUAUGACCCUUCAGUUCAGGUUAAGGUAUCUGUUUUUGAAGCACCAAGUAAAACCACAGAGAGGACCACAUGUCAAGCUGCAUCUGCUGGCUUUCUGGGACCGAACACCAAGCAGAACCUCAGCACCGAGGAGGUGUUGACCUGCUCCGGGUCCUUGCUCAGCAGUGUCCACUUCUUGCUCUUGGUCUUCCUGAAGCUGCCCCUGUUUUUGACAUUGGUGGGUGCCGUCCUCUGGGUGAACAGGCCUCAGAAGGGCUGUGGAGGAAGUCAGCCUGAUGAGAAAACCCCACAACAUAGUGCAUCGCUCCCAGGAAUAUAACCCUUCAGAGUGGAAAGAGAGACCUUCAGAAUUCAGACUCCAGGGCAGGGGGGUAGCAGUGCCUGGAUUCUGGAGACACUCAGGUCUUCUGGGAGUAUGGUUCCUGUGUUUCGAGGGAGAAUCCUGGGCCUUAGAGGACACUUGCUUUGAGUCCUCAGAUACAGGGAGGAUGAGUCUCCUGGGCUCAUGCUUGGGGUCCUUCUCUGCCCCAGAUCCUGUAGGUCCUUGCCCUCAUGCCUACUUCCCAAGGGCAAGAAUUCUCUGGAAGUUGCAAGAAAUCCUGACCCUUUAUGCUUCUCCUUGCCACAAAAGCUUCUCAGCUAAGUGCUCUCCUGGACAAUAACCACCUCCUUCCUGCAGCCCAGAGGCUCCUUGAAGAUUCACCCUUCACAGCCUCAGUCCUUGGGCUCACAGGGCUUCAAGCUCACGUAUGUCCCUGUGAUCAGGGAGUGUAUGGCUGGGCUCAGCACAUCUCUGCCUGAGCCAACCAUGACUGAGAAACUUUAGAUUAAACUUCUGGGGCUGAUUGGAACAGUAGUGGGAAGAGGCAAUAGGUGCCCCUAACAUCACUCCUGAAAUCCCCCAAUCUGGAGGGCCUCCUGUCCACAGAGUUGAUGGACGGUCUACUUUAGUAGAAGUCUGGCUGAAGCCACAUGUCAGGUUGGUGUUUUCCACAGGAGAAGCAGACAUGGUUUUCCAAAGACAGGGUACAGGACACAGAAGUGAGGAGAUACUUCCCCACAUUGGAAUGUCAUGAUGCCACAGCCACCAGGAGGCACACCAGCCCCGGAAAGGGCUUGGUUGGUUUUGAAUGCUUGUCAAUGGCUCCUCAGCUUCCAGAAAACACUCUGAGCUCCUGAGCCCUGUGUCCAUAGGCAGGGCUGCCACACAUGGAACCUGAGCCCUGGCAUGGCUUCCACAAGGGCAGGGCCACUCAUGGCAGAGGAGAGCUGCAAGUGGCCCAGGACUCCACCGAAGAAGAAGUUCAACCAAAGAGGCAUAUAUGGACCAAAUAAUAAAACAAAGACAAGCCGAUGUAGGAAACACAAUGGUGGG